GGGGCUGUCAGGGAGAGGGGACCGGGCCGCGGCUGCCCGCGGUGCGGAGCCCCUUGGAUGGCCGGUCGCCCCCGGCCCCGCCACCGUCUGCGCUGCUGGGUGCCUGGGGAAGCGCUGCCCCGGCGAGUGGGGCUGGGGGGGUUCCGUCCAGGGCGCGGCCUCCGGGCCCGGAGGGCUGUCACCGCGGAGGGAAGCCCUGCAGCGGCUCCCCGGACUGCCCGUCGGGCUCAGCCCUUGGGCCAAAGCGUGGAGGAGCAGCCAGGACCCGGCUGGCAGGGAGCUGCAGCCAGGGCGGUGGGCACCGUGCGGUUCAGGGCCUGCAGCCAUCUGUCUCCUCGGACCCACGAAAAGGCCUCAACAGCCCUAGGUUCCCCUCUGGGGUGAGAGACUGGCUUUGCCCUUGGUGCUGGAUCACAUACUGGGGCAAAUGCCGUGCUAUGCCAGCUCUACCCCCUCAGCCCUGGCCUUAGCGAGGUGCUGGGAGAGCAGAGCUGUUGCGUUUGGCUGCUGUGGGUUCUCUUCAAAGCCGGAGAAGGGGAACUCUGGUGUGGUUUUAGGUGCUUUCCCAGCAUGACUGUGUUUGGCAGAGGACCUGCUGGCCCAUUGGGGACUGAGGUGCAGGAGGAACAGGGAUGGGUGCCGUAUAGCAGGCACAGGAUUCGCGUGCACUCAGGGCCCACCUGCUGCACAUCAGGGAAGGACUGGAGCAGGUGUGGGCAUGCAGAGCGGCUGUCUGUGGCAGGGAGGCCGCCACAGAGGCUGAGCAGAGGGAGCAGGUUCAAGGGAUGGGAAAGGGGGUUACAGCCCUGCAGGUGCCUCUUGGUGGGGAGUUAUUUUCUGCAAAGAUAAACUUCAGGGAAAAUGAGAUUGGGCAUUGAGGUUCCCUUGUUGCAUCCAGUGCAAUGCUCCCGUGCGGUGGCUGGGAGCUGGUGUUGUCUGUCAGGCUGUACGCAGGGAAGGAGCCUGUGGAAAUCUGUCUCUGAAUAACACCCCUGCUUGAGUCAGGAGACAGGCAACUGCUUCGCUUCUGUCUGUUGCCCUUGAGGCAAGUCGGGACAGGUCCGUGAAAAGGCCGGUUUCCCAUCAGCGAGCAAGAAAGUGGUCUCUCCCCCACCCCAAACGCUGAGAGCAAAGUCUUCUCUCAGUGGGCAGUGGCUCAGAGGUGAACAGUCUUCCCCGCAGUCAGACACAUGCAGCUCAGCUGCGCAGGGGCCAGGGUGGUGCAGGUGGCCAAGCAGCACGGCUGGAGCCCAGGCAGCUGCCGGAGGGUGACCAGGCACCCGUGAGGCCGUGCCUUGGUGGCUGAUGAUCCUGAUGCUCCCCAGGCCAGCGGUGAGAGGUGGACGCUGGAUCUGCGUGCUGUGGAGGGGGCAGCUGCUGCUGGGUCUUUGGGAGCAUUUCUGGGGGCCAGUUCAACACGUGGGCUCGGGGAGAAGUUGACCCUGGGUGGUGAAAGAGGUUGAAGUUUGCAGAGGCUCGUGAUGUGGGAGGAACUUACUUUGCGUCAGUUUAUCCAUUGAUGCGGCCUGUGCAGAUGUGGUUCGUGCUGAUCUGUUCCCAGCGGGGCUAUGGUGACCUGGGAAAGGUUGCUUCAGAGGGCAGAGCCCGGUGGGUGGCAGGUGGAAGCAGAACAUGGCUGCUGUGUGUAACCUCCUCUCCCUUGCCCCCCAGCUUACCUCUCUCAGAACACCAUGGCACGACGCACGCGGAGCAGCAGGGCCUGGCACUUCGUCCUGAGUGGCGUGCGGCGCGAAGCAGACACCCGGGCGGUUGCCUUGGCCACCGGUGCACGUGGCUGGGGCUACGACUCUGAUGGGCAGCACAGCGACUCGGAUUCGGAGCCGGAGUUUUCCUCCCUCUCGCCUUCCAUCCCAAGCGCCAUCCCUGUGACUGGGGAGUCCUACUGCAACUGCGAGAACCAGAGCGAAGCGCCCUACUGCUCCAGCCUGCACGCCCUCCACCGCGUCAAGGACUGCCAGUGUGGCGAGGAGGAUGAGUAUUUUGACUGGGUGUGGGAUGACCUGAAUAAGUCGACAGCCACCCUGCUGACCUGCGACAACCGCAAGGUGAACUUCCACAUGGAGUACAGCUGUGGCACUGCCGCUAUCCGGGGGAACAAAGAGCUGGCAGAUGGGCAGCACUUCUGGGAGAUCAAGAUGACGUCCCCAGUCUAUGGCACAGACAUGAUGGUGGGAAUUGGGACGUCGGAUGUGAAUCUGGACAAGUACCGCCACACCUUCUGCAGCCUGCUGGGCAAGGACGAGGACAGCUGGGGACUGUCCUACACAGGACUCCUGCAUCACAAAGGAGACAAAACCAACUUCUCUUCGAGGUUUGGCCAAGGCUCCAUCAUUGGUGUGCAUUUGGACACGUGGCACGGGACACUCACAUUCUUCAAAAACCGCAAGUGCAUAGGGGUUGCAGCCACGAAGCUGCAGAACAAGAAGUUUUACCCCAUGGUGUGCUCGACGGCAGCCAAGAGCAGCAUGAAGGUGAUCCGCUCCUGCGCCAGCUGCACGUCCCUCCAGUAUCUCUGUUGUUACCGCCUGCGCCAGCUCCUGCCUGACUAUGUGGACACGCUGGAGGUGCUGCCAUUGCCACCAGGACUCAAGCAAGUGCUACACAACAAACUUGGGUGGGUCUUGAGCAUGAACUAUAGCACGUUGAAGCCUUCCUCCUCCUCAUCGGGAAGCGACUCAGAUAGCUCCUGUAGCUCAGAUGCAGAGGCCUGCCAAAGGAAGAGAUGCAGGAGGACGUAAUGUCUCUGCAGACGAACUGCUGUGAGGGAGUCGGGUGGGGUUUUGUUCUGCCAUUUAUGAGGGCCGGCCAGGCCUGGUGCACCUCUUUCUUCAUGGGGACAUCCAUUUCUAAUCAUUUGGAAAGAUUGCUCUUACGCUGUUGGAAAUCUUUAGCCUAAACAUCCAUCACAUGCAUUGAAAAGACCUGUUGACUCCAAGAGGUCCCAGCUCUGUGCAGCAGGUAAACUGCAGCUAAAGAGCUGAGCUUCAUCUCCUGACUUGCUCUCAAAGCCAUUGCCUCUUCCUGAAGGAUCCAUCCCUCUUCUCACUGUCAGCAGAGACAAGAUUUAAGGUGGCCUCCUGGUUUCAGAGCAUACUAGACUCUAGUCAAAUCAUGGACUUGACUCAUCAAAAGACAAAAUCAAAGACCAGCCCCCUCCUCCUAAUUGUCAUGUGUUGGUUUGGUAUCUGCCAUGAACUCCUCACACUCUGGGACACGAUCAGGCAGCAGCAUGUAGGGAAACGGGCUCCUAGAGAUGCAUCUGCAUCACUGUUGUGAAAGAGCAGUUACUUACACGAGUUGAGCUGUUGGUGAUCUUUCUCGAGUCCCCAGUGACUUUAAUUGCUUUGCAUGUUGGCUCCUGCUGUUUCUCCUGUAUCAAAGGCUGUAUUAAACUGUAAUAAUAAAAGUAGAAACUGUC